GUUUAGUAAUCAUUAACUACUAACUUCAAGAUAUAGUUUUUUUCCCUCAAUCUAUAUUAUGAUAUUUUCAUGAGUCUACCUGUAAGGAAAAAUGGUAGCUGCACAGCGGCGAAUUCCUGUGGAUUUAUACGGGUUAACGAUUAGCAUCAUAAAUUAUUCUUUAAAAAUACGCAGUUUAAUUUACUGUUGAGAGUGUAUCGCUUAUUAAUGUUGCUUGGUAAAUUACUUUCUCUACAAUGAAAGAAGAAACAGAGGAAAAGUACCGAUGAAAAGGAAAACUGAAGAUGCAGUGUAAAAAGCAUUAACAAUUUUGUCAGAAGAAAAAGUUAUAAACAGCAAUCCAUGUGUUGGUACGGACCCAUAUUUCAUGCCACUUGCAAACAUCACAAUCCACGCUUUGUAUUUCGUCAACAAAUAUAAAAUUAAUAUUGAUACUUCAUCCAAAGAUAAAAGUUGUGAUCAAACGUUAUGUUAUAUGUUCCAUCCAAUACAGCUAAGUAGGAAAAUACUGAUUUAUGAAAAUAUCGAUAUCAUGGUCGCUAACGUAGAGAAGAUCAACUCGUAUAUAUUGGAAAGGGACGUAAACAAACUUGUUAAAGGUCUCGUUGAUCUAAUGACAAAACGAAGAAAGGACUUUCACAAGUUUGCUCAUGAUUUAGAAGUAGUAAAAACGAGCGUGCAUCAAAUGAACGUAACCACGGUACCAUCUUGUUGUCAGCAAGGAAACGUACAAAAGAGAAAUAAUUACCAACAAUUAAACGUUGUACUUCGAACAAAUUAUAUGUUUCUUCGAAAACACAUUCACAGUUUAUCGAGAACACAAAAAAUAAUCAUUCAAAGUCAAUUUUUGUAGAGGAAUGAUAUGCCAGUUCAGACACUUCUUUUAACCAUAUAAGAAAGUCUUUUGUAUUUUAGAUAGACAGGAUGCUUCUUCCUUU